UCUUUCUUUUAUAUACAAAGCGGCUUCGUAUUGGGAUGCCAAAAACCGUGAGCUUUGCCGCCAUUAACGCAAACACUGAGCAAACUUGUUAUCAAUGGAAAGCAGUAGCAGCGAUGGCAGGAAUGAGUGGAGAGCAGAGGAGGCUAUUGCUGGCAACGCCCAAGCACUUGAAGCUCUCAGAGAACUCAUCACAUUCCCACUCUACUAUUAUUGUGAAGCUCAAAAGCUCGGUCUCAAAUGGCCGCGCGGUUUACUGUUAUACGGGCCCCCUGGUACUGGAAAGACCAGCUUGGUACGUGCAGUUGUUCGUGAAUGCGGUGCCCAUUUAACUACCAUAAGUCCACAUACUGUUCACAGAGCACAUGCUGGAGAAAGUGAGAGAAUUCUGCGAGAGGCCUUUUCAGAAGCAUCUUCUCAUGCAGUGUCUGGCAAGCCAUCGGUUAUCUUUAUAGAUGAAAUUGAUGCCCUUUGUCCUUGUCGUAGUUCUAGGAGAGAACAAGACAUUCGUCUAGCCUCUCAGCUAUUUACCCUGAUGGAUUCCAAUAAGCCCUUGUCAGCAUCUGUACCACAAGUUGUCGUGGUGGCAUCAACUAAUAGAGUGGAUGCAAUAGACCCUGCACUAAGAAGGUCAGGGCGUUUCGAUGCAGAAGUUGAAGUUACAACGCCUACUGAAGAGGAGCGCUUUCAAAUUCUCAAGCUCUAUACAAAGAAACUUUUGUUGGAUCCUGAAGUAGACUUACAAGGCAUAGCUGCAUCUUGCAAUGGAUAUGUUGGGGCUGAUUUGGAAGCUUUAUGCCGUGAGGCUACGUUGUCUGCAGUGAGGUCUUCAGAUGCAAAUGAAGUUGGUGGUGUGCAUUUAGCAAUGGAUGAUUGGAAGCAUGCAAGAUCUAUAGUUGGUCCAAGCAUAACAAGGGGUGUUACUGUAGAAAUCCCAAAAGUGUCCUGGGAAGAUAUUGGAGGACUUAAAGAUUUGAAGAAAAAACUCCAGCAAGCUGUUGAAUGGCCUAUAAAACAUUCUGAUGCAUUUGCAAGGCUAGGGAUAUCACCAAUGAGAGGGAUUCUUCUGCAUGGACCUCCGGGGUGCUCAAAAACCACUCUUGCUAAAGCCGCAGCUCAUGCCGCCCAAGCUUCUUUUUUCUCCUUGAGUGGUGCAGAAUUAUAUUCAAUGUAUGUGGGGGAAGGGGAAGUUUUGUUGCGUAAUACAUUUCAGAGGGCCCGCCUUGCAGCACCAAGCAUAAUCUUCUUUGAUGAGGCUGAUGUUGUUGCUGCCAAAAGAGGUGGGAGUUCAAGUAACAGUACUUCUGUAGGGGAGAGGCUUUUAUCUACUUUGCUGACAGAAAUGGAUGGCUUGGAACAGGCGAAAGGAAUUCUUGUUUUGGCUGCUACUAAUCGACCUCAUGCAAUUGAUGCUGCACUAAUGCGCCCUGGACGUUUUGAUCUGGUGCUCUAUGUGCCGCCACCCGACUUAGAAGCUCGCCAUGAGAUACUGUGUGUGCAUACACGAAACAUGAGAAUAGGGAAUGAUGUUGAUCUGAUGCAAAUAGCAGAAGACACUGAGCUUUUCACAGGGGCUGAACUGGAGGGCCUGUGUGUGGAAGCUGGAAUUGUAGCACUGAGAGAGGAUAUAUCCGCCACUGUGGUGAGCAAUCGCCAUUUCCAGACUGUCAAAGCUUCCCUGAAGCCGGCAUUGACGCAGGCAGAAAUCAACUCAUACUCUUCAUUCAUGAAGAACCCAUCUUCAAAGCCUUCAACCCAGUUGGAAUCAGGUAUCAAACAUGAGGCCAAGAACUCGAUGAACGUUUUGGGUAGCAGUCGAGUUAGGAUUGGUGCUUUGAGUUUUUUAGUUCUUGCCAUCGCGAAAUAUUUCCUCACGCAUAACUGGCAACUUCUCGAAAGAACUCAUCCGACAUGAUAAUUAUACCAUCGUCCUGAUCGUGUUGUUCCAGUUUUAUCUUCGACAGUAAUCCAAAACUAGCUGCAAAUAGUUUUCUUUUGGGUUGUUGUCAAGAAUAAAAUUUAUGUGAGAAUUUAAAUAUGAAAAACAGGUAUAAAAAUUAUGUGAGAAUAAAAAUUCUCUCUCUCUCUCUCUUGGAAGUUUGGGGGCGUGCACG